AUGCCUCCCAAGCUCAAGAACGCCGUCAUCUGCUUCUCGGGCACCUUCAACCACCCAGCUGCCAGCCUCCAAAAGUGGACCGAAGCCAACGGCGGCUCCUUCAACCGCAAACCCACAUCUUCCACCACGCACCUCGUCGUCAGUGAGACCAACUGGCGCGCCCGCGUCCCAGAAGUGAAGACUGCUCUCGAAGACGACAACAUCAAGAUCGUCGACUAUGAGUGGUUUGACGAUAAACUGCGCCUCGGCGGCCGCACCACUCNNGAGUCUAAGUACCUCUGGACCACCAUCGAUUGCGAACUUCUCAAGCAAGAAGCUAAGGAUGCCAGAGCCGCCGAGCGUGAAAAGAAGCGCGCUGAAAAGGAAAAAGAGAGAAAGAAGAAGGAUGCUGAGAAGAUCAACUGGGGUGCUGCUUUGAUGCAACACACCAAUGAGGUUGCUCGCGUCGAGGAAACCAGUGAAGAUGAAGAGUCCAGCGAGGAGGAUUCAUCUGCAGAACAGAACGAACCUCUGGCCGAACAGUUUGCCAAAGGAGCCAAACAAGCAAAGGAAGACUUGAUGAGCGACAAUUAUCAUAUCUACAUGGAUUGCACUGGCUUUGUCUACGACAUCGUGGUCACCAAAGCCUCGGUUGAGUUAUCUCGCCUGGACAGAGCUUGCAUUACUGUAANNCUCUACGAAACAAACGCUUCACCCCACAGCUAUGCCAUCGUGGUCAAGGUUNCCAAAAAUACCCCUGUUACCACUUACGAUAUCACCACCGUCAACAGCGUCAGCUUCCCUACUGCCUUCAAAUGUCUGCGUGACAACUUCAAGGCCCUUACUGGCGCUGAAUGGGACAGCCGCAUCAGAAAGUUCAGCGAUGGACCUUCCUUGGCUCCUCUGCCUCGCCCCAAGAUCACCGUUGUGGCUCCGGCAAAGAACUUACCUCCAGGAAAACUGUCCAGGCUAACCAAAAAGAGCGCCAAAGAUAAGGAAGAGCAAGACCCAGAAGCCCAGCAAAAGAACCUCGAAGCCGCUUUCGCCGCCCUCAGAUACCGUUACCGUCUCCCUGACGAGGGAAACCCUCGCGGUACCAUGGCAGAUGGCUCGCACUACACACACCAAAACAACAAGAGUGUGUACGAUCUGUUUGGCCAAGCUGCAGACAGAAGUGCUGAAGACGUUGCAGCCAGAGAAGCCAUCAAGGAAGAAGUCAAGAGAUUGCAGAGACUGCAGUUGAAGAAGCAGAAUCAGCAGAGCAAGAACAAGCCUGUGGAGGUUGUAGUUAUUGAGUCUGAUGACGAGGAAGAGGAGAGUGAUGAGGAGAGUGAGACUGAGGAGGGAGAUGAGGAUGAGCAGAUGGAGGAUGGCUAUGUUGCUGUCAAUGCUAGAGGCAAGGAUGUUGAGAUGCAGGGUCCCGACUGUGCUUUUGAGAGGGCUACGGACGGAGCUGGAGUCGGCCAGGAGGACUUCACCAUGGUCGACGCUCCUGCCACUCAGGCCUGA